AUGACAGAAGCUGAAAACUCAAAAAUCGAAAAGCCAAAUUUUGAUGCUUAUAAUGAAAAAUUAGGAAGUAUAUCUGAGGCAAUUGAUCAGAUUAAAAAGAAAAUUGACAAUUUGCAAAAGGAAAUCAAAAUAGCAAAUAAAGGAAAAGAAGAAUACAACAAAAAAAAAAAAGAUAUUGUGACAAAAAUUGAUUCAUUUCAAAAUGAGAUAGACAAAUUAGAAAACGAAAGAAGAGGCAUUCUUGAUGACAUCGAACAAAAGCAGAAACAUAAAAAGGAAUUGAGAGUAAAUGCCCAAAACAUAAAAAAACAAAUAGGAUUCGAAAAUGAAGAAGAUAUAGAAAAAAAAAUUAGAGAGAUUGAAAAUAAAUUAAUGACAUCAACUAUUUCAAUCAAAGAGGAAAAAUUAUUAAUAAACCAAAUACAAGCAUUAAAUAAGAACAUACCACUUUUUUCCUCAUACAGUAAAAUUGAAAAUGAAGCAAAUAAAUAUGAUGAUGAAGCUAUUGUACCACUAAAAAGCAAAAUGGACGAAAUAAGGGAAAAAAUAAACAAACUAAGAAACGAAAAAAAAAACGAACGAAAUAAAUUAAAAGAACUACAAAAUAGCUAUCAAGAAAGAAAUAAUAAAUUAAAUGAACUUAACAAUUUAAGAGAUAACUAUUCUAAAAAAAUGAAUCACUAUUUUAUGGAAAGAAGAAGUAUAACAGUCGAAAUGGAAGAAAAAAAACAGCAAUAUAGAAGUUACAAAAUAAAUUUAUUACAAGCUAAACAACAAAAAUUAAAAGAAGAAAGAGAAAGAAAAAAUCUAGAAUUUGAAAAACAAAAUUUAGAAAAAGAAUUAGAGGAUAUUGAUGCAUUACCAUAUAGAGAAGAAUUAGCAUUAAUUGAAAAUAUGUUAGCAUAUUUAAAAAAACUUCAAGAUGAAGCAAAAAUGGAAGAAACAAAAAAACAACAAAAUUUAUCAAAUAAAAAAGUUAAUGGAGAAGUCGAAAAAACAAAUGAAAAUGAUAUGGAGGAAGAAAAUAAUAAAGCAAAAAAUGAAAAUAAAAAAGGAAAAAAUAAAAAAGACAAACAUAAAAUAUUUAAACUUGAUAUGAACAUACUUUGCUACUUUGUAACUGCUGGAAUAACACCACCAGUUAGUUUUGAUGAAAUUGAUUCAUGUAUUUCAAAAUUAUAUGAAAAAAAAGAUAUGUAUGAAAAGAAACGUGAUGACAGCAUUAAAAAUGUAGAAAAUCGAAGAACAAAUUUGACCACCAAAAUUAAGGAAAUUGAUGAUAAACUUGCUGUAUUCAAACCAUCUGAAUAUACUAAAGGACAGAAAACAAAUAAAACCAAGGCAUAA